AUGGCCCCCGGGGGUAGUAGUGGACCUCCCAAGUUCGAUUGGCGCAACUUCGCCUAUUGGAAGGCUCGGAUGGAGAGUUAUAUUGAGGCUCAAUCCAUCGAAGCUUGGGAAGUCACUUCUAAGCCGAUUGGUGGUGCUCCUACGGAGUCACAAGCUAAGUGGAAUGGUAGAGCUAAAAAUUAUUUGUUUAAGGCCAUAAGCGAGGAAGUGUUUGCUCAUGUCCGUAGCAAGGCUACCGCUCACGAUAUAUGGCUUGAGCUUGAUACGAUACAUAAUGGUUCUAAAAAGGUUCUUGAAGAGAAGUAUCGAGUUCUAAAAGAAAAACUCAAUGAUUUCAAGAUGCUUCCUAAUGAACUUGUUGAACAAAUGUACUCUAGACUUAAUGUGCUUGUGGAAGACAUUAACGCACUUGAGAUUUCUCCUUUGUCUAGCAGCGAUGUCAUCCGAAAGAUCCUCCAUUCACUUCACAAGCCAAAAUACAACAUUGUCACAUCUCUCCUCUAUGAGAAGGAAAUUGAUACUCUAAAGGUGGGCGAUGUUGUAGGGAGGAUCCGGUCACAUGAGAUGUUUCUCGUGGGAGAAAUUGAACCUCCACAAGCCAAAGGUAAUCUUGCUCUCAAGCCUAAAGGCGAACACAAGUCAAAGAAGAAGAGCAAGGGCAAGGCACCUCAAUCAAGAUCAAGUGAAGCUACUGAUGACUCAAGUGAUGAAGAAGGUGAUGAAGACGCCAAGCUUGCUCUCCUCAUGAGGAAGACCACAAAGCUAAUGUCAAGGUUGAACAAGAAGGGGUACAACUUUGACCCCAAUAAAAACAAGUUCCGCACAAGAAAGCCCAAAGAUGCCCUCAAGAAGAUAUGCUAUGUUUGUGGCAAAUAUGGUCAUCUUUCAUAUAAUUGCCCUCAAGAAUCUAAUAAGAAGCAAGAAGAGGACAAUCAACCAAGGCACAAGGACUAUGACAAGAAAGAGUACAAGAAGAAGAGAUCUUUCAAGAAGAAAGAGCAAAUCAAAGCUUUCCUUGGGGAGUGGAUCACCGACGGCGAGACCUCAAGCGACGAUGACGACGAUGAUGACGACUCCAAAAAUGUCGUUGCGGGGAUCGCCAUCCAUGAAGAUGAACCACCACUACCUCCACCACCCAUGUGCCACAUGGCUAGAGGUAACCCCAAGGCGAGCUCCGAUAAUUCUUGCUCUAGUGAUGAUGAUAGUGAUAAUGAUUUGUCUCCUAGAGAUCUUAAGUUGCUCCUAGAUGAAUACAAUGAUAUGAUCAAGAAGCUAAAAUCUAAACUCAAGUGUUUAAAAAAUGUGCAUGUUGAGCUUAAGACCUCACAUGAUGAGUUACUUGUUAGACACAAUGAGGAAGUAGAGACUUAUGAAAAAUGUGUUGUAUCUAGCAAACAACUUAGAGAGGAUCAUGAUAAGUUACUUAUUAAGAACAAUGAACUAGUUGAAAAACAUGAUGAAGUAGAUGUGCUCAAUAAGUCACUUGAAUCGUGCAACAAGAAACUUAAGCUUGACUAUGCUAACCUAAACUCUAAAUAUCAAGAACUUGAGUUUUCUUUUGAUGCUAUUGAUGAUGAGCUCAAAACUCUAAAAACCAAAAACAUCAAUGCAUCAACUUCUUGUGAAAAUCAUGUGGAGGCUUACAAAUCUUUCACUAAUCAUGAUGUUCCUAGUUCUUCCAAGACUAAUCAUGAUAGGAAAAAGGAACUUGAGGAGGAGCUCUAG